AUGGACUGGCAACAAUCACCGUUUGUGCUGCUGCUUUUGGCUUCACUCUUCACCAAAGGGCUGGCCAGUCCCUUAAAGGGCUCAGAGAGCUGGGGGUACGUGCCGGUCAGAGAUGGAGCACACAUGUUCUGGUGGCUUUACUUUGCUGACUCCCCGUCUGCUCACUACACAGAGCUGCCACUGGUCAUGUGGCUGCAGGGAGGUCCAGGAGGCUCUGGGACCGGCUUCGGCAACUUUGAAGAGAUCGGUCCUUUAGAUCGAGACCUGAAGCCGAGAGACACGACAUGGGUCCAGUCUGCCAGCGUCCUGUUUGUGGAUAACCCUGUGGGGACCGGCUUUAGUUUCGCAGAAACAGACGAAGCUUUUGCCAAAGACGUGUCCACAGUGUCCUCAGACAUGAUGGUGCUGCUGCGGAGCUUCUUCACCGACAGAGACGACUUUCAGAACAUUCCCUUCUACAUCUUCUCUGAGUCGUACGGAGGAAAGAUGGCCGCCGCCAUCUCUCUGGCUCUGACUGAGGCCGUCGCACACGGAUCCAUCAAGUGUAACUUUGCUGGAGUGGCUCUGGGAGACUCCUGGAUCUCACCUCUAGACUCGGUCAUGACCUGGGGGCCGUACCUCUACACCACAUCGCUGCUGGACGACCUGGGGCUGGCGGAGGUGAGCGCAGUGGCUCAGGAUGUGCAGGCCGCCAUGGAGCAGGGGCACUUCCUCAAGGCUACAGAGCUCUGGUCCCUGGCAGAGUCUGUGGUGGAGAAGAACACCAACAACGUCAACUUCUACAAUAUCCUGACGCAAGAUCCGGAGCAGAGCGUGGGGGCGAAGCCAGGGGCCGACGCCAUCUCUCUUCAGUUCCAUCGCCACGUCCAGCGUCUGCAGAGGCGGUCCCUGAGUCAGCUGAUGAACGGAGAGGUCCGGAGGAGGCUGAAGGUCAUCCCCCAGAACGUCACCUGGGGAGGCCAGGCGGAGGCAGUGUUCCGGAACAUGGCUGCAGACUUCAUGAAACCCGUGGUGGAGACCGUGGACCAGCUGCUGUCCUCUGGGGUCAACGUCACGGUCUACAACGGACAGCUGGACCUGAUCGUGGACACGAUGGGUCAGGAGCUGUGGGUGAAGGAGCUAAAGUGGGAGGGGCUUCCGUUCUUUAACAAACUGCGCUGGACGCCCCUGGACGACCCGGCGGCUCCUGGAGUCACCGGGGCCUUCUACAAGACCUACAAGAACUUCUCCUUCUACUGGAUCCUCAAGGCCGGACACAUGAUCCCGUCAGACCAGGGUGCCAUGGCGCUCCACAUGUUGCAGAUGAUCACACAGAGCUGA